AUGAGCGACAAGAGAAAACGGCAAUUCCACUCGAGAACUCACGCAAUUCAGGUGAGCUUUUGAGCUUUUUGUGACGUGGCAACACAUUGCAGGCGUUGGAAGGCAUUGAUCUUUGCGGAAAGACGAUUGCAAUCACUGGAACCACUUCUGGAAUCGGAGUCGAAACGGCGAAAGCACUCAUUCUCAAGGAGCUCAUGUUGUGAUGAUAAACAGAAAUGCGAAAGAGUCCGAAAAAUUGAAGCAGACAUUUCUGAAAGAGAAACCGGAUGCUCGAAUUGAUAUAAUUGCAUGUGAUCUGAACUCAUUGCAAUCUGUUCAGAAUGCGGCGGAGGAGUAUUUGGCCAAGAAAUGGUUUUGAUAAGAAACGGAGAAUUCUUCGAGAAGCAAUUUGAUUCCAGGCCUCUUCAUGGAUUGAUUCUGAAUGCGGGGGUGUUCGGACCGACAACAAAUGUGACUUCGGAUGGGUUCGAAGCUCAUUUCGGAAUCAACCACCUUGCUCACUUCAUUGUAUGCAUCCAUUCCCUUCUCUUUCAUGCCCUCUUCUUCGUUUUCAGCUCAUCCGUGAACUUCUUCCAGUUCUCCGUCAGUCGGCUCCUUCUCGAAUCGUGAUUCUCUCCUCAAUGCUUAGCCGUUUCACUUGUGUAAAACCAAAGUCGAGCAUCGAGAAGAAGUUGGGAUUGCUGUGCCCGGAAGAUGCUUCCCAGUGGUUUUUCCGUCUGUACGCUCGUUCGAAAAUGUGCAACAUGCUCGUCGCGUUCAAAUUGCACCGAGAUGAAUAUGCAAAUGGGAUCAGCGCUUAUUCUGUUCAUCCAGGAUCUGGAGUUCGAACGGAUCUUCACAGAGACUUUGGAUUGUGGAGUCUCACCGAUUUUCUAACUUCCCCAUUCACAAAAGAUGCGAGCCAAGGAGCUGCGACCAGUGUCUAUUGCAUUGCUCAUCCGGAAGUCAAGGAGAUAUCCGGCAAGUAUUGGGAAUCCUGUUGGGACGACGAGAAGAAUCUGGACAAAGAAGUGGCGAGGGACGAAAAACUGCAAGACGCGCUGUGGAAACAUACGGAGGAGCUCAUCGACAAGUGGGUUAAAUCGAAGAAAACGACUGAUAAUAACUGUGAAACUGUACGAUUGUGA